CCGCGCACAAGGGAGCAAGGGAGAGAAACAGAGCUUUCUCUUCCGGUCUCGUUCCAACAGGAAGUUUACUCUCUUUGAAUUCUCGAAGCUAGCCUCUGCCACUAUGUGUAACACGAACAUCACCGCCGUUCCCAUCGUGGCUAGCGACGAGAACCCACUGACACCCCAUCGUUACUACACCAAUGUCCCGCCCUCAAAGCAGGGAAAGGAUCAACUUUUGAAGUUGCCAGAGCAGGAGAAGCCCAGCCAAUUGCUUCCCUUCCCCACUCUGGCCGAGUCUCUGAGGGAGGCCUCGUCCCUCUUUCGCCUCUCCUUCCCCAUCGCUCUCACCGCCCUCCUUAUCUACUCCCGCUCUGUUCUCUCUAUGCUGUUCUUGGGAUCUUUAGGCGACCUCCCGCUCGCCGCCGGCUCCCUCGCCAUCGCCUUCGCCAACAUCACGGGCUACUCCGUGCUCUCGGGCUUAUCGCUGGGAAUGGAGCCCCUCUGCUCCCAAGCCUUCGGUGCCAACCAACUUAAUCUCCUGGCGCUCACCCUCCACCGCUCUGUUCUCUUCCUCCUCUGUUCUUCCAUCCCCAUCUCUCUUCUAUGGCACAACAUGUCAAAGAUCCUAUUCUUCCUUGGCCAGGACUCGGAAAUCACCUCCCUCGCCCAAAGCUACCUCCUUUUCUCCCUCCCCGACCUCAUUUCCUUCUCCUUCAUUCAUCCCCUCCGCAUCUACCUCCGGUCGCAGGGCAUCACCCGGCCCCUCACACUCGCCGCCUCCCUCGCCGCCUUGGUCCACCUCCCGGCCAACCUCCUCCUCGUGACCCACCUCCAACUCGGAGCCCCCGGCGUUGCUGCCGCCUCCGCCGCUUCCAACCUCGCCCUCCUCCUCUUCCUCCUCCUCCACCUACGCAGCGACCCGGACCCGACGUGGCGGCGUCCCACCCGGGAGUGCCUCUCUGGGUGGACCCCCCUGGCCCGCCUCGCGGCACCCAGCUGCGUUUCGGUCUGCCUCGAGUGGUGGUGGUACGAGCUGAUGAUCCUCCUCUGCGGCCUUCUGCCGGACCCGAAGCCCGCGGUGGCCUCCAUGGGCGUUCUCAUCCAGACCACCGCCCUCGUCUACGUCUUCCCCUCCUCUCUGGGAUUCGGCGUCUCGACGCGGGUGGGCAACGAGCUCGGAGCCAACCGCCCGGACGGCGCCCGCGCCUCCGCCGCGGUCUCAGUGGCGCUCUCGGCCGUGAUGGGGUUGGUGGCGAUGGGGUUCGCGGCAGGGAUGCGGAAGCGGUGGGGGCGGAUGUUCACGGACAACGGGGAGAUACUCCAGCUAACGGCGGCAGCGAUGCCGAUCGUGGGCCUGUGUGAGCUUGGGAACUGCCCGCAGACGGUGGGUUGCGGUGUGCUUCGGGGGAGCGCGCGGCCGGCCCACGCGGCCAACGUCAACCUGGGUGCCUUCUACCUCGUCGGCAUGCCGGUAGCCGUCGGGCUGGGGUUCGGCAUCGGCGUGGGCUUCACGGGGCUCUGGAUGGGUCUCCUCGCCGCCCAGAUGUGCUGCGCCGGCCUCAUGCUCCACGUCGUGGUGACCACCGACUGGGAGGCCCAGGCUCGCCGGGCCCAGGUUCUAACAGGGAAGCCUCCUGCCGGCCUCAAAGAGAUGGAGGAAGGCAAAGUUGAUGAUCCGGAGGGUAAGGGUGCGGACAAAUGCUAUGAGCCGUUGAUCUCGAUCAGAAUCGCUGAGAUUGAGAGGUGACAUGUUAUAAUGCCCAUCUCAGUUCUAACUUUUUAGGAUUUUUAGAGAGAGAGAGAG